GCACUGAUAAACAAACGGAGACUUUCAUUCAUACACAGAGCAAAAAAGAAAAAAAAAAAAAAAAAACUCGAAGUGUUCCCAAAGUAAAGAUGGCUUCCGGCCACGUAGAUAAAAUAGGCACGUGACCAGACGCUGACGUGAGGCUUUACUUCUAACCAACCAAUGAAUGAGAAGCCGGUCUCCAUGCCAACGUGGUCCGCCCUCUGGCCAGUGGCUCUUCCGGCCCCGGGUUCCUAAACAUGGGGACCAUACAUCUUUUCCGGAAGACACAGCGUUCACUGUUAGGGAAAUUUACGCAAGAGUUUCGAUUAGUGACAUCUGACCGGAGGGUUAGGCAUGUGUUGAUAUUAUUUGGGUGUGCAGAACACACAGAUGAUGAGGAUCUCUGCAGGAUGAUGCAUAGGUUCUGUGGAUCACUUUGUUGACAGUCAUGGAAGAUCUUGCUGUUUGGUGCCAUAAAUGUAGUUUGCACAGGAUUCUUGCUGACAUGGUGCAGCUCUACAAACAGUAUGGCUUUAACCGCUUAUACCUACCUUACAAUUUUUGACCUCUUCAGUUUAAUAACCUGUUUGAUAAGCUAUUGGGUAAUGGUGAAAAAACAAAGUCCAACAUAUUCUUUUGGAUUUGAAAGGUUUGAGGUGUUGGCAGUCUUCGCAUCCACAGUUCUGGCCCAGUUGGGAGCGCUCUUUAUACUUAAAGAAAGUGCUGAAAGAUUUUUGGAACAACCAGAGAUUCACACGGGUCGUCUUCUUGUGGGAACAUUUGUGGCCCUGUUUUUCAACUUAUUCACUAUGCUUUCUAUUAGGAAUAAACCAUUUGCCUACGUUUCAGAUGCUGCUAGUACAAGCUGGCUUCAGGAACAUGUAGCGGACUUGAGCCGAAGUUUAUGUGGAAUUAUCCCAGGGCUGAGCAGUGUGUUCUUACCUCGGAUGAACCCUUUUGUUCUGAUCGACAUUGCUGGGGCACUAGCACUUUGCAUUACUUACAUGUUGAUUGAAAUUAACAAUUAUUUUGCAGUAGACACUGCAUCAGCCGUCGCCAUUGCUCUUAUGACGUUUGGCACCAUGUAUCCAAUGAGUGUUUACAGUGGCAAGGUUCUACUCCAAACUACACCACCACAUGUCAUUGGUCAACUGGAUAAAUUGCUUCGAGAGGUGUCUACAUUAGAAGGUGUUCUAGAAGUCCGCAAUGAGCACUUUUGGACUCUGGGAUUUGGAACCAUGGCCGGAUCGGUUCACGUGCGCAUUAGAAGGGACGCCAAUGAGCAGUUGGUGCUGGCUCAUGUUACAAAUCGACUUAAUACUCUGGUUUCCACUCUGACAGUUCAGAUCUUCAAAGACGAUUGGGCGAGGCCUGUCUUGUCAUCUGGUCCCAUGCCACCCAACAUGCUGAACAUUUCAGACCAUCACAUAAUUCAGAUGCCAACUCAUAUGAAAUCUCCAAUUGAUGAAUUAAGUCCUUUGACUUCAACACCCUCAAAGCCCAGCAGCCCACCUCCUGAAUUUGCCUUUAACACUCCAGGCAAAAAUAUCAAUCCUGUCAUUUUUUCAAAUGCACAAGCAAGGCCAUAUGGCCUAGGACUUCAUUAUGGUUCUGCACCAUAUGGUGCAACAUUUAGCCAAGGACUUGGGGUGCCUGGCAUUGGCAGCACACAGGGAUUGAGGACUGGUUUUACAAAUGUUGCAAACAGAUAUGGAACAUACACCCCAGGACAGUUCACACAGUUUAAACAAUGACUUCAUUUUUGUGUGGUGAUUUUGCUGCCAUUUUGGAAAGUUUUUGUUUGUUGAAAACUUUAAGAUAUCAGGACAUUCAGAUCUAUCUCGGUUCUCCACUUUAUAAUGCAAUUUGAAUGUCACUGAUACAUUCCACAUUUUUUUAAUGUUUUACUUUUUCUUCCCUUAAAACUCCUAUAAGUGUUGGCGGUAUCGGGCAACAAACUUAUUUUAAUAAAUUAAAUGACCACCAUCUUG